AUUGUCAUUACUGUCAAAGAGAAUGUUGUCGCCGGUAUAUCGCUCUUUAUUUUCCAAGAUUCCGAACCCAUCGCGUAAAGUUUUACAAUUCGUCCAAAUUCUACAACACAGUUCCGCUUCCAUUAAAAACAUGACGUCGCCAGCGAAGUGGAAAGUCGAGAAAACCAGGAUUUUAAACAUGCAGUUAGACGAAAAAAGGAAACUUUACGCAUCCCCAGACUACGUAACUCUCGAGAAUGUUUCCCCUUGGGAUGACUGUAUUAGAACGCAAAAGGGUCUCGAGUCCAAGAAGCAUAAUCUGGAAGACUUGGAAGUAUUUAAGGGUGCCAAAAUUGACAAUGAAAAGAAUACAGAACUCAUCAGAAAGGUUUCAAUUUUCAAAGGGGAUAUUACGAAACUUGAAGUUGAUGCUAUAGUGAAUGCAGCUAAUUCUCUUCUAAAAGCUGGUGGUGGUGUUGACGGAGCCAUACAUAGGGCAGCUGGAUCACUGUUACAGCAAGAAUGCAAUACCCUGGGAGGCUGCCCUACUGGUCAGGCCAAGGUGACUGGAGGCUAUAAUUUGCCUGCUAAAUAUGUCAUCCACACAGUGGGCCCUCAAAACGGCUCAACACCAGACCUCCAGUCCUGUUACGAGAAAUGCUUAUCCUACGUAAAGGAAUACGACAUAAAGUCCAUCGCUUUCCCCUGCAUCUCAACUGGCAUCUACGGCUUCCCUAACCGUCUAGCUGCCCACAUCGCUUUGAAAACUGUGAGGAAGUUUCUAGAACAGAAUCCGCAGAUGAACAGGAUCAUUUUCUGCACUUUCCUGCCAAUUGAUGUGGACAUAUAUGAGACUUUGAUGCAGAUGUAUUUCCCUAUGUACGAACGGAGAUAUAAUGAUGGGGCUAGUGUGACUGAAUAAGGGACAAAACAACUGAAAAUUUCAAAGCUUCAAACUUUUGAUAUCGUAAAUUGCAGAGCAGCUGAAAAUAUAUCGCUGUCUCUUUCUUUGACCUUUAGGAUAAGCUAGAUAUAGUUGGUCAAACCAAAUUGUCAGUAAAUAAGAACAAAAAAGACUAUACUCAUCAUUUUCUUUUGAGUUCUAGUACUAAUGUGAGACAAAGAUAGUAUGAUUCUCUGUCUCUGUUUGAAAUGAGACAGUCCUUUGACAAACUAAAGGUGCCGCGGAAUUUUUUAAUGAUUAUUUCUGUUAUGCAUUUAGCGGUAUAGUCCUUUUAUAAAAAAUACUUUUUAUUUUUACUUCCAACAAGAAUCUGGUGUUGUUAAUUCUUUAGAUUUCGCAUACCUAAACAACUGCUUGGCACUUUGUAUAGUUUGUAUGUGAAAGUUUUUUUAUUGUUGAUUCAGAUUGGUUUAACCAUCUCAUUUUCUCACGGACAUAUUGUCUUUUUAUAAAUGUAAUAAAACGUUAAGACUUC